AUGGACGCGAAGAUGCUGGAAGCACGGCUUGAUCGGGUGUUUCGGGUGAUGUGCAGCAAACUCGAGGCCCCCAUGGACUCGGGGCAGGCCGCGCUGGACAGGAUGGGCGAGGAGAUGCAGCUCAACCUGCCCUCCAAGCCCUUCACCGUCGCCAAGACUGAGCAAGGAACGGUCAUUCUCAACCUCAUGUACAAGGCCGACAAGCUCCUGGCGUCGCUGACCGCGAUCGAGGAGGCGCUGAUCAAGCGCAAAGAGGAGGGCCUCAAGAAGGCCGACAAGCCCUCGUGGCGCCGGCGCUCAGUCUACAUCCCGCCGGGCGGCGGCGGCGGCGGCGGGCAACACAGAGGGCGAGCGAGCUCGAUCAAUCAGCUGCCCGACCUGCCUCAACCUCAAGCCGGCCUGGCCUUCCGCUCCAACUCGUAUAACCUCUCGCCACAGCCCCCUCUCCAAUCGAUUCUGACAUCGUGUCGCGUCGCGUCGCAUGGCAGGAGGCGCAAGAGUGUAUCGAUGGCGGAAGCCAACCGGCUGGCGCAGAUGUCGAUCAGAAGGCACAUGGGUCAUCCCGUGCCCGAACCCGACGCAGGCCUGUCCAACGCACCCACGGAAGAGCAGACUCAGAGGUGCCCCAUCCUGCGUCUCGAGACUGCGGCUGCAGAAAAGGAGAAGCAGGAGGAGGAAGAGCCCAUGGGCCGCACCAACCUGGUGGUGAACUACACCCGCCACGGAUUGGCGGCCAUCGAUGAGCAAAAGCGCGUGAAGAAGGUGCCCAAGAAGGCAUCGACGAUGGUCAUCCUGGUGGCCAAGUCGCCCAGGAAGCGCUUCUACGUGGGCGACAACAUCCCCGUGGAACUGGAGAUCAGGAACCACACGAUGCAGGUCAUCAAGGAGAUCGCCAUGUCCCUUUGCCACGUCACCUACGGCGCCGUCAUGGGCUAUCGCGCCGAUGACCAGGAAAAGAAACAAAAGACGAAGCUGAGGGUGGAGAAGAAGAAGGAGGCGGUGCGGACGGAGGUGAUGACGCCCUUCGGGUUCCCCAUCAAGGGCAAGUUCAGGAGCACCCACCACGUGCGCUUCAAGAUCCCGUUCAGCAGCCCGCCCUCCGUGGUGCUGCCCGACGUGCUGCCCGACGCCCUCGAACACACCGAGACCUUCUACAUGCUCCAGAUACGGGUUGGAGGACCGAAGUUUGGCGGACCCAUCAUGAGCUUGGGACCGUUCAAGCUGGAGCCCAGGCCUUCGAUGCAGUGA